AUGGCGACCCGGGCGAUGCUGAGUGCCAAGACCUACACGGCCAGUAUGUCAGCUUUAGCACAAAAGUUGGCAUGGAGGGAGGUGAUUGCUCUCUUUGCCAGCAUGAAGGAACAAUCCAUUCAGGCCGAUGCCUAUAGCUUUAGCGUCGUAAGUAGUGCUUGCGAGAAGGCGAGCCAGUGGUCUUUGGCCUUGGACACCUUUAUCCAGAUGCGAACCGAGGGUCUGGUGCCCAACGUGGUGAAUUUCGCUGGCGCCAUGAGCGCGUGUGGCCGUGCGGCGCGUUGGCGUAUGGCCCUGUCGUUGAUGAAGGAGCUGCCAGGGCUGCAGCUGGAAGCCGAUGCUGCCGUGUACAACUCUCUGAUCAGCGCUUGUAGUCGAGCCAGCGAAUGGCGAGAAUCCCUAAGGCUUUUCAAAAGAAUGGAGCGGGGUUUGGGUCCCAAGCCCACCCUGGUGACCUAUGGUGCGCUGGCCAGCGCUUUGGAGAAAGGUGAGCAGUGGCCGGAGGCCCUUCUGCUGUUGGAGCAGCUGCCAGAGCCACGGACGGUCAAGGGGCACGCAAGCCUGGUCAUUGCCUUCAAUACUGUAAUAAGCGCGUGUGAGAAGGCCUGGCGGUGGCCGUUCGCAUUGCAAGUCUUUCAGAGGAUGGAGGAAAAAAAGUUGAAGCCAACGACCAUCACUUGGAAUGCUCUCCUGUCCGCUAUCCGAAGAGCAGAAUCAUGGCAAACAUCACUGCACCUCUUUCGACAAAUGCAAGCGGAGGAUGUGACUCCCAUACUGCACACCUACAACAUCAGCAUCAGCUCCUGUCACACGGUCGAUGCAUGGCCAUACGCGCUGGCAUUGAUGGAGGAAGCACGACAGUGUCAAUCGCUUUUUCCGGAUGACGUCACUUAUUUCCACUUGAUCUCCACAGCCUGCUCGUCUGUGGCGUGGCAACCGGCUUUGUGCUUUCUGGCUGCAGUGAAGGACGAAGGCUAUGAAGUUGAACCCAUGAGCUAUAAACAAGUCUUCACUGCCUGCGAUCGGGCCAGCUGCUGGACUGCUGCCUUGGCGCUGGUGGAAGAAGCCGCACAAGCUGAGGAAGCUCCAGCUUCGUCUCAACAUGUGAGAGAUAUGCAGAGGAACCUGGUUGGCCUCCUUCCUUCGGUUCGACCUGAACAAGGUGGUCACCUCGCGGAGGCCGCGCGCUUUUCCGCGAACAAGCCGAGCGACAUGUCUGCUCGGUUUUCGCGAUGUUUGGUGCAUUUGCCGAUUUUUACGGCAUUCCAUGGUGUUGGAUUGGUUCCUCAAAAGAAGUAG